GAAAGUCAGGACAGGAUGAGGGAUAGUUCAGUUCCGAGCUCAGCUUCCUCAUCAAUGACAGAUCUAUACAACGCCCCCCGCAGCAGUAGGUCAGACCUCUUCCUCCCAGGUACAUCUGGAGACUUCAGCCUAAGUGCCUGCUUAUCAGCCUGCACCCUGCUCUAUGAGGGUGCGGUAGAGCCCAUGCAGAUUGAUGUAGACCCGCAAGAAGAUCAGCAAAAUGCACCUGAUAUCAACUAUGUGGUGGAGAACCCGACUCUGGAUCUGGAGCAGUAUGCAGCAAGUUACAGCGGCCUGAUGAGGAUUGAGCGGCUGCAGUUCAUUGCAGACCACUGCCCACAGCUGAGAGUGGAAGCCCUCAAGAUGGCCCUCUCGUUCGUCCAAAGAACAUUCAAUGUUGAUGUUUAUGAAGAAAUUCACCGGAAAUUGACUGAAGCCACCAGAGAAUUACAAAACACACCUGAUGCUGUUCCAGAUGGAGGGAUGGAGCCCCCUCCUUUAGACACAGCGUGGGUUGAAGCGACACGCAAAAAAGCCCUUCUCAAAUUGGAAAAGCUUGACACAGAUCUAAAGAACUAUAAAGGCAAUUCAAUCAAGGAAAGCAUCAGGAGAGGCCAUGAUGACUUGGGAGAUCACUAUCUGGAUUGUGGGGACCUCAGCAAUGCCCUCAAAUGUUAUUCACGAGCCCGCGAUUACUGCACCAGCGCAAAGCACGUUAUUAACAUGUGCCUCAAUGUUAUCAAGGUCAGUGUUUACCUUCAGAAUUGGUCCCAUGUCCUGAGCUAUGUGAGCAAGGCAGAGUCCACGCCAGAAAUUGCAGAGCAAAGAGGAGAACGUGACAGCCAGACACAGGCAAUCCUUACCAAAUUGAAGUGUGCCGCAGGCUUGGCUGAACUAGCUGCCCGGAAAUACAAGCAGGCGGCAAAGUGCUUCCUGUUGGCCUCGUUUGAUCACUGUGACUUCCCUGAGCUGCUUUCUCCUAGCAAUGUGGCUGUGUACGGCGGCCUGUGUGCACUGGCCACCUUUGACCGUCAGGAACUGCAGCGUAACGUCAUCUCCAGCAGCUCCUUCAAACUCUUCUUGGAGUUGGAACCGCAGGUCCGUGACAUCAUCUUCAAAUUCUACGAAUCCAAAUACGCCUCGUGUCUCAAGAUGCUGGAUGAAAUGAAGGAUAAUCUGCUUCUGGAUAUGUACUUGGCACCCCAUGUGAGGACACUUUACACCCAGAUCCGGAAUCGGGCCCUCAUCCAGUAUUUCAGCCCGUAUGUAUCAGCAGACAUGCGCAAGAUGGCCACUGCAUUCAACACCACAGUGGCAGCCCUGGAAGAUGAGCUCACUCAACUAAUCCUAGAAGGACUGAUUAAUGCCAGAAUAGACUCUCACAGCAAAAUUUUAUAUGCACGGGAUGUUGAUCAGCGCAGUACCACCUUCGAAAAGUCCUUGCUGAUGGGGAAGGAGUUCCAGCGUCGCGCCAAAGCUAUGAUCCUAAGAGCCGCUGUCCUGCGUAAUCAGAUCCAUGUGAAGUCUCCCCCAAGAGAAGGAAGCCAAGGUGAACUCACUCCAGCAAACAGCCAGUCCCGGAUGAGCACCAACAUGUGAAACUGUCUUAACUCGUGAAAAGACUCUUCCUCCCCACCACACCCAGGGCCAUGUGUAUCAUCCAGCGUCCGCGCCACCAACUGUCCCUUGGUGCCUUCUCAGACUCUCUAGGUGUGGGAGGGCCCGGACUGUCGGAGGCAUCUGCCUUUAGAGUCUGAUUCCUUUUAGAACAGAAACUUCCAUUAGAUCCAGCACUUCAAGAAUAUGCGAGCAUGUGAGUGCUGGGUGCAUCUUGUCCCUUCCCCAGGGUAUUUCACAAACAGAGGCUUUUCGUGGCUUCCUUCAGCUGCCAACAGAGCUUUGUGGUUUCCAUUCAGUAAAAGAUAUAUAGCAUGAAUCUGAAGGGACGAGUGUGUUCCAUAGAACUUCUCAUUCACUCAAACCCAUGGUCUUAGACCCGGAGAUUUCCUCUUGAGCAGCACCAAAAGAAAACCUAGCAUCCUUUCUGUUCACUCACUACAAGGCUUGUGUUUGCAUUUACCCUGGGUCAGCUCCAUGUCAAUCUGUUCUUCCCAUUUGAAAAGCCCGGCUUGUUCUCACAUCCCCUGGCCUGGUUUUGGCUGUUGUUUUUGAUGUUCCUCAUCCAGAUUUACUGCUGUAGUCUGUGGCGGCUUUCUAGCCAUUUUGGCUACUGACAGAGGGGGUAAAAUGUCAUGGCAGUGCCUCCAUGUGCAUCUGGGCAGAGCCUUGCUCGGCUGCUUGCACUCCUGGUAACACUUCUUAUUUAUCCUUUACAAAAACAAAAAAAAGGGGGGUUGUGAUCACAGGUCAGACUCAGAUUGUGUUAUGACCAUAGUUUAAAUGUUUGAAUAUUCCGCAGUUACUUCCGUUUGGAGUUCAUUCAUUGGGGUUCAUCCCAGGAACAAAGUUAACAAAUUUGGACUUAGCCCUUGACAACUCAGUAGACUUCCUACAGACACUGUUAACGCUACUUAGUUUAAAACAAAGUUCUCUCCUAUGCAUUAAAAGCAUAAUUGUAAAGAUAA